UCGAAUGCAUAUACAGUGUACACAAAAAUCAAAGUAAUCAUAAUGAGAGAAAGUUACAAAGUGAAAAACAAUUUUGUCACCUAAAAAUGAUAGACUUGAUUUUAUCAAGAAAUAACGUUUUCAUCUGGAACGCUGAAGACUGGUUAAAACUUAGGAAGGAUCAUAGAAUAGUUGGUGAAUUAAUAGGAUGUCUUCCAAAGAAACCUAGGCAAGAAGUACUUUGUGGUCUUCCACUGCUUUUGCAAUCAGAAGAAGUAUCAUUUUUACUUGAGAAAAAUAUUGCAAGACUCGUACAAUAUUCAUAUUUUAAAAAUCCACCAUCCGAUUCACUGAAACAAGCUUUUGAAGAAUAUAGAAGUACAUUAUAUAUAGAACAAGAAAAAUAUUUAAGGGAUGAAAGGAAAAAACAGGUGAUUGGAAUGAUGGAUAAGAUUAUAGAAGGGAAAAAACGAAAAAUACUUGGAAUAGAAACAAGGAAGAAGAAAGCAAAAAAACCAUUAGAUCCAAAAAUACAGGAAACUUUAGAUAAUAUUGAAAUAAAUAAACAGGAUUUAUUAGAAGAAGAAAUGGCCAGAUUACCCAAGUUAGAUAAAAAUGAUGCUUUAGUUCAAACACAUACAAAGUACCCAUGGUCAGACAAAGAUGAUAUUGAGGUAGUGGAAUGGAAAUAUCCUACUAAUUAUAAACAAAGACUUCGUUAUAAAACAUUCAAAGAUUUAUGGGAAAGAGGAUACUAUGUAACAAGUGGAGAAAAAUUUGGUGGAGAUUUUUUAGUAUAUCCUGGAGAUCCUAUAAUGUUUCACUCUCAAUUUAUAAUUCUAUGUAAAGACAAAAGCGAUGAAAUUCCAAUAACUGAACUUUCAGCCCAAUGUCGGACUGCGUGUCACGUUCGAAAAACACAAGUAUAUGCUUACUUUUCUGAAGAUCAAAAUAAUGUAAGGUACCAGUCAUUUCAAUGGGCUGAAAAUACUUGAGAACAUUCAAAUGUAUAGGACUGAGUCUAUUAAAAGAACAAAAUAACAAUUUUUCUAUUUCUAGUUGUAUGUGCUGUAUUGUUCAUUUAUAAGAUAAAUGCAGUCAUAAACAUUUAUCUAAACAGUAUCAAUUACUUUAAAUCUAUCAUGUUGUUUUUCAGGGAUAACAUUAAAGUACUUUUUAUAUAUAA